UGAGUAUUCUUAAUUCUUAAAGGGUGGCCGUGGUAGUCUAUGGGUUCCGUUCUCUAGAAUUUAUUUCUCUAUUCUCUUGUCCUUAUGAACUGCGUUUUGUGGUCUACAUAAUGUUCCGACAAGCAAGUUGGGCCAUAUCCGGCCUUGUUGGAAUCCUUAUCUCGAUAUUCCCCUCCUACCAAGUUACCGACGAUAUAAAUGAGGUUCCCCGUAUCGAGACUUCAUGCUCCUUCCCCGUCUUCUCUCUUUCCUUUAUCAAGUCAUUGCAAACCAGUCAUAUCUCCAAGGACAACGUAGAAGUGAAAAUAAAAUUCUCCAUCACGCACCCUAGUAUACAUGAUGUGGACAACCAGAUUGAAUAUAAUGUUACUCUCAAGCCUAUGGCCGAUUUGUACCCAACCAUGUCAGUUAUUGAUAAUGAUCAAUUAGCGUUCACGAAUGGAACCGUAGUAUCAAGCCGGAUUUUGAUCCCGAGGGGCGAAACCUUUUUGCUCCAGAGAACCUGGGAACUCGAGGUUAUUGUCGGGACGGUGAAUGACGGUGUGGGUGGCUCUGGGUUCGACAGGGUCUAUGUUUCCUUUCAGAAUCGGACAAAAGGCGCUCCUGUAGCCAUCUUAACAAGGCCGGCGGAGUAUUGGUAA